AUGUCCUCCAUCACCAUCGAAGCUGUCGAAGAGAUUCGUGUAGAAGAUGUGCCGCGCAUUAAUAGACCCCGCGUGCAUAUCGACGAGCGUCUCGAGCAACGGUGGAGGAAUCUGGGCCAUGAUUCGCUGAAUUUACAUUGGAAACGAGGGCUGCCAGCCGGGAAAAUGGUCGAUGAAUUGAUUGGGCUGGCUGAGGGGACGAUAAAUUCGAUGCAGACAACCACCGCUCGAGUUCGGGACCUGACCGACAACAUGUGCCGUCUAGAAAACCUGGUCGGCCAGCUGGAGCUCGGCUCCCAGCAGAUCCCCCUCAAGCUGGAGUCGUCAUUCCGGAUGCCCGCGGAAUUUGAA